AUGUCUGCAGACGCCACUACCAACACAAGUACGGGCAACCACCCCGUGGACCCCUACAAGUCCAAGAACUUCGAGGACCCUCCUCUUCCUCAGAAGAUCGAAGACUUGACCACCUUCAUCUCCCAAGUGAAGUUUGGCAUGUUGACCACCAAACAAUCCGACGGCGACUAUCUGGCAUCGCGCUGCAUGGCCCUCGCCGCACAGGAAAACGGCGGCAUUGAUUUGAUCUUCCACACCAACCUUUUCUCCGGCAAGGCCAUGGACCUCGCCGCACACCCACAAGAAACCAAUAUGUCCUUCCUUGACCCCUCCAGUGGAGCCUGGGCUUCCAUCUCAGGUACUGCAUCCAUCAUCAGUGACUCUGAAACCGUGGAGAAGUACUACUCGCCCAUGCUGAAGGCGUGGAUUGGUGAUAUGGGCGACGGUGUGCACGACGGUGGCCCCAAGGACCCGCGGAUCGGUGUCAUCAGGCUCGAAGCGAAGCUGGCGACGCAUAACGUUACCCACAAGGGGUUGCUUGGUCGCGCCUAUGAUACUGUUAAGGGUGCUGUGCAGGGCAAUGUUCCUUCCAUCAAUGGUAUUCGGGAAUUGACCAAGGAGGAGCUCGCUGAGUGGCGCCGGACGCACAAGGAAUAA